AUGAAAUUUGAGGAGACUCUGCCUCCUAUUCUUGAGCUGUUGCAGUUCUCUGGUCAGAGGGCCAAGUCGAGGAGCCUGUUCUUGGAACCCCAGGCGACGCAUUUUCCCCACAUGGGCGGGCUGUACGACGACACGCUUCCACAGGCUCGCAGCUUCCCGACGGGGCCCAACGGCUGCCGCCCUGAUGUUUCGACCGACGCUGAGUUUGCCAACUAUUACGGGAGCAUCCUGCACAUACUUGCGACGCACAAGUUCCCAACCGUCACACCGCUGCCAUUUUGGGAAAGAAGCGAGCGCGAGGGGUGCUGCCCUCCGCGGGCUAGAAGAAUCUGGCCUGGACUGCCUCCACAAUGGCCCUGA